AUGGGACUACCUGCGUUGGAGUUUAGCGACUGCUGUUUGGACAGCCCUCAGUUCCGAGAGCGGCUGAAGUCUCACGAAGCUGAGCUGGAGAAGACCAACAAGUUCAUCAAGGAGCUCAUAAAAGAUGGAAAGUCCCUCAUCGCCGCCCUGAAGAAUCUGUCAUCAGCAAAGCGGAAGUUUGCAGAUUCCUUGAAUGAUUUCAAAUUUCGAUGUAUAGGUGAUGCAGAAACAGAUGAUGAAAUAUGCAUAGCAAAAUCCCUGCAAGAGUUUGCUGCUGUUCUUAGGAAUCUAGAAGAUGAACGCAUGCGGAUGAUUGAGAAUGCUAGUGAAGUCCUAAUCACUCCUCUGGAGAAAUUCCGUAAGGAACAAAUUGGUGCUGCUAAGGAAGCCAAGAAAAAAUAUGACAAGGAGACGGAGAAAUACUGUGGGGUGUUAGAAAAGAACUUAAACCAUUCAAACCUUUCUUCCAAGAAGAAGGAAUCCCAGCUACAAGAGGCAGAUGUCCAGGUGGACCUGGUUCGACAGCACUUCUACGAAGUCUCCCUUGAAUAUGUCUUCAAAGUACAAGAAGUUCAAGAGAGGAAAAUGUUUGAGUUUGUGGAACCACUGCUGGCCUUUCUUCAGGGGCUCUUCACAUUCUACCAUCAUGGCUAUGAGCUUGCAAAGGAUUUCAGUGAUUUCAAGACAGAGCUAACAAUCAGCAUACAAAAUACCAGGAACCGGUUUGAAGGCACCAGAUCAGAAGUCGAGUCCUUGAUGAGGAAGAUGAAGGAGAAUCCCCAUGAGCACAAAAACAUCAGUCCUUACACAAUGGAGGGCUACCUCUAUGUCCAGGAAAAGCGUCAUUUUGGGACCUCCUGGGUGAAGCAUUACUGCACAUAUCAGAGUGAUUCUAAACGAAUAAUUAUGGUGCCAUUUGACCAGAAGUCUGGUGGGAAGGGGGGUGAAGAUGAAGCCAUUAUCCUCAAGUCCUGCACACGACGGAAAACUGAUUCUAUAGAAAAGAGAUUUUGCUUUGACGUGGAAGCAAUAGAUCGGCCUGGAGUGAUCACAAUGCAGGCACUUUCUGAAGAAGACCGAAGGCUGUGGAUGGAGGCAAUGGAUGGCCGAGAACCGGUCUAUAACUCCAACAAAGACAACCAAAGUGAAGGCACUGCCCAGUUGGAUAAUGUAGGCUUCAGCAUUGUCAAGAAAUGCAUCCAUGCUGUUGAAACAAGAGGGAUCAACGAGCAAGGACUCUACCGGAUAGUUGGUGUCAACUCCAGAGUUCAAAGGCUAUUGAGUAUCUUAAUGGAUCCCAAAACUGCUGAAACAGAAGAUGAAAUCAAUUCAGAGUGGGAAAUUAAAACAAUCACCAGUUCACUGAAAACAUACUUGAGAAUGCUCCCUGGGCCACUGAUGAUGUAUCAGUUUCAACGAAGCUUCAUCAAAGCAGCAAAACUGGAGAAUCAAGAAUCCAGAGUCUCAGAGAUCCACAGCCUAAUACACAGGCUCCCUGAGAAAAACAGACAGAUGCUCCAUUUGCUCAUGAAUCACUUGGCAAAUGUUGCUAAGAACCACAAACAGAACUUGAUGACUGUUGCAAACCUGGGAGUUGUUUUUGGACCAACGCUAAUGCGACCUCAAGAAGAAACCGUUGCAGCGAUAAUGGACAUCAAAUUCCAAAACAUUGUGGUUGAGAUCUUAAUAGAAAACCAUGAAAAGAUAUUUAACACAAUUCCAGAUACACUGCAAUCAAACUCUCAGCUGCUUUUGUCUCGAAAGAGGAGUACAGAUUCAAAGCCACCAUCAUGCAGUGAGAGACCUUUAACACUUUUCCAUACUGUGCAGUCCAGUGAAAAGCAGGAGAACAGGAACAGUAUCAUCAACUCCAGCCUGGAAUCAGUCAUAUCGUCGUCGAAUAUCAAUAGCUUUGUGCACUCCAACAGCACUCCUCAAUCCAACAUGAAUUCAAGUGACCCUGAUUUAGAGGUUGUUAAACCCAGCAGGCCAAACGCACUCCCUCAGAAUCCAAGCCCAACGUCACCCCUUUCACCGUCUUGGCCUAUGUUCUCCGCACCAUCCAGCCCUAUGCCCACCUCCUCAACGUCCAGCGACUCAUCCCCCAUCAGUUCUCCAUUCCGCAAAGCCAGAGCAUUGUACGCUUGUAAAGCAGAACAUGACUCGGAACUCUCCUUCACGGCAGGCACCCUAUUUGAUAACGUUCAUCCAUCUCAGGAACCUGGCUGGUUGGAAGGAACCUUGAAUGGGAAAACAGGGCUGAUCCCUGAGAACUAUGUGGAGUUCCUAUAGCUAUGGACACCUUGGUAAACAACACGGCUUGAGCUUUACAUGGUAUCCAUGACAACUGCUGAGGAAAGUAUUGUAGAUCAUGUGCUGUUUGCCACUGUGAAAAGCAAGGUGAAGGACUCCGAUACCUGCUCAGAUGAAUGUUUGUGUAAAUAGUAAAAUGUAUGUUUCUCCUUAUGUAACAUGUUGUUUGAGCAAAGACUCUGCAGAAAAGUGUGGAGAGGAAAGAGGUAGGAUGAAGGGGGUUCCAUGGUGUUUGUUCAACUCUUCUGUGAAAAGGGUAAGGAAUUCAUAGGAUCUGUAUAAAUGCGGCUUUAAAAUCAGCAUGAUGACAUGGGAUGCCAUGCCCCAUUUAAGUGGAAUUACUCCCACAAAAAUUUAAAGCAGUUACAGAACUCAACCCUUGGUUGGCCCAUGUACUGACACACAGGGAAAACUAGAAGAACAAAGAAUGAAGACUCCUAGGCUUUCUUCUAGAAAGCAAGAGUAAAUAUCUCAUUUGCUAGGUGGAAAAAAAGGGCUCUGUAGAUUUUCUCUCUGACAGGUGAAAGUAAUGUUUAUAUACAUUGAGCCACUAAUGGCUUUCAUCUCCAGAGAUUAGCCAGCCUUGACAGGAUUCAGUCCACAUAAAUUAUUCCUGUAAUGAGAAUUGCUACAUACUCCCCACCCCUACUCCCACCCCCCCAAAAAAACCCUGCAUAACCAUAGUGCUUUUAACUUUUUAAUGGCCAGACAAGACUUUGCAAUGGAAUCUGAGUGUGGUCCACGGUGGUGGGCUCAGUGACUGUGUCUCCAAAUAAAUCAUCAGCAAUAUGAAGAAAAUGGUAUUUUGGACCAAAGUUCAUGCAGACGUUUUUUUCCUUAAGUAACAAAAUAAUUUAGAAGGAAUCUGACUAAAAUGUCUGCAGCCUCUUCAAACAGGUAUUUCCUUCUUGGAGGUGAAGAAGUAACUUGUGUAAAGUAAUAGCACAUUGACGGAGCGACAUGGUUUCUUUCCACCGUCACUUGCCAGCACAAGUUUGUAGAAACAAGCACUGGUUACCUGUUGCACACCUAGGCCUUUCAUUUUCUUUUAUCUUCUUGGAUGUAAGCUAUUUAUGUCAUUCACAAAUGCUGCUUUUCUGAUACAGUGUCUCUGGCUCACUUUGCAACCCGUAGUGGAUGUGUUACGUAAAAGUACACAGUCAACUCUCUCCCAACCUGUGUCUUUAUUGUGUAGCCAAGUGAAAAUGCUGAAAACACACAUACCCAAAUCAUUAGGAUCUGUGGUCUUCAUAGAUGACAAUGCCUUUCAGUUAUGCCUUUCUCAGUGAAAUAUCUGUUUUGCGGCAGAUUUACUCAUGUCCUGCGCUGCUCUCAAAAUGUUUCAUAGACCAUUCUGUAGAGCUGUAGAUUUUAUACUUAGGGGGAAGUGGCAUGAUUUGAAAGCCAAACUUCCCAGAUAUCCUCCUUGCAUAUUCUUUUUAAUAGCAAGUUUUGACUGUCUUCACUGGGAAUAAAUAAGCUAGCCAAUUUAGAGCAAUAGCAGUGGAAACCUUCUGGCAGAUUGUGCUCUGGGUUGUUGUUGUUGUUUUUCCUUUUCUUCCCUAGCUGCUGUACUAUCUAUCAUAUGUACAUGGUCAUCGACCAUUGUUUUCUGCUUUAAAUUGUGCUCGCUAAUUUAAUCUUAAAACCUUGAGUGGUCACAUUGCUGUAUGUUUUACUGACCAUUUGUUUUAAAACUAAGAUGUAAAUAUGAUGAUUUGAAAUAUUGUGAAGUAAAGGUUUUUUAUAUAUUCUGAUUUUUAACAGAAGUGUAAUAAACUAGGUAUUCGGUGGACAUUCAAAACCCGUUUAUAGGAGAUUCAGAGGCAAGCACAAGUGGACACUCCACCAUGAUUCCUGCCCUCCUUCAUUAUGACACCUUUUCUGUAAGGCAGCUGGUGGUCGCUUUUGCACAUCUUUAAUUUUUUUGUUAAUGAAUACUUGUAAAGCGUUUCUGAAGGGGAAUUGCAGGUGCCCGUUCCGAUGUUGUUUGUUCAUUCUAAAGCUGAUGUUUACUGAAGAAACAAUAUACAUAUUGUAUGCAAUA